UCGUGCUGCAUACAUGUAACAAGCAGAAGUGAAGACCUAUCGAGCAGGCAUACUUAAGGGGAUCAAAAUAAGUCUUUAUUGACACUGUAGUUAGACGCAACAAGUCACCAGGACUGUUGAUGCAAGGAGUUCUUUCGCGUGAACUAUUUUCGUGCCCUACUUUGGCAAUAAUAUUGGAUCAUAACUUUCGCCAUUGAAGCUUCACCAUGUUGAACGACACGACUUUCCAUCCCCACCAGAACGUUGAUAAUUCUUGUACUUCGAAUAAUUUCAAAACACAAGGCGACCUUGAUUCUUUGAGAAGUACAGUAAAACUCACAGUGUCUUUGGUCAUUGCUGUUUUAUGUCCCGUGGCGGUGGUGGGAAAUGCGUUGAUUUUAGCGACGAUUUGGAAGAAAAGCUUUCAGAGAGCAUCGUUUCAUAUCCUUCUUAGUGGAAUGGCAUUGACUGAUUUUUUCACCGGCCUGAUUGCUCAACCUUCUUAUGUUUCGUUCAGUUUGAUAUCGUCAUCAAGCGCAACGGUAACACAAGAUCAACCAGUGGCAAUUGUUGUCUUAAGAGUAGUCACUGUGUUCAGUGCAAUCUACUUCGUCACCAUCACGCUUCUGACGAUAACAGUAAUGUCCAUUGAGCGAUGGUUCCACAUGUCGGGAGGAUCCUCACUAUCAUCCCGCUGCCGAUUUUUCGUUGUUAUCGUGAUCGUAAUUCUUCCUAUUCCUUUAGUUACUCUUUACUUUUUAAAUCCACCCUUAUUCCCCAUUAUAGUACCCACAGAGAUGUUUUCUUGCUAUUUGGUGACAUCUUUCGCUUAUUUUAAGAUCUAUCGAAUUAUUCGAAGUCAUCAGAAUCAAAUUCAAACUAACGGAAUACCACGGAACUUUGGCCAUUCUGCAAUAGACUUAACAAAAUACAAAAGAUCUGUUGCAACCAUUUUAUACAUUUUAUUGCUAUUCUCUCUCUGUUUCUUGCCUUAUAUUGUAUCUAACGCGGUAAGUUUUUUGAUAAAGGCUGAUCCCAGAGAAUGGAGUAUAACAAUUGACGUGACAAUGGUGCUAGUAUUUCUGUCUUCUUCUCUCAGUCCGGGCUUGUACCUUUGGAGAAUGAGGGAUAUCCGUAAUGGCCUCAAAGAACUAAUCGUUUGCAGAAGAACCUGACCUUUUCAACAUUUCCACGGCUUAAGUCAGGACUUUAAGUCAGGACUUUGGAAUCAAAGCCCAAAGUUUGGAAUCUAUCGGUGUUGAAGGUAUCGCAAGAAAAUCGUGAAGAAGCCUCUGUUUCUCUUUCAAUGCAUCGUAAAAUUCGAAACUUUUCGAUGUUCUAUUUAUGACGACGAUCAGUUUAAAAUUUCCCUUUUAGAGGAGCGGGAUGCUUUUCCUUUCAAGUUGCUCAGAAAGUUACUGUCUUGCACCGCAAAACCGGAAGAAAGCCUUCAUGUCGAGGACCUGAGACGGGCAAGAGACUUAGCCGACGUGAUGGCAGUUCGGUACUCUGCUAAAGAGCAGAUCUCAGGCACUCCACGCUCAUGGUGCGGCAUUCAGGAGAAAGUUUCCAUACCCUGAGCAUUCAACCCAAGCAGAAUUACCAGACUAGAUCUUUAGAUGACACCGAAUCGAUGUCGCUUCACCACGAAACCGCGUAAUGGUGUGUGAUGACAGCAACGCAAUGAAAACAAAUCUUCACCUGUGUUACAAGAUCAUCAUUGCUCACGUGGUCCAUGGAUUUACUGACGGAAGCCGAGAUCAUUAUUGUGCCUGAUUCCUGUAUAUAUGAAGUACCAUUUGCAGCCUUAACUGACGAAGGAGGCAAGUAUUUAUCCCAGAUAAUCAGGAUUCGGAUAUUUCCAUCUCUGACGACCCUAAAAAUCAUUCAGGACUGUUCUCUAGGGUAUCAUAUCCAGAUUGGUGCACUGAUAGUAGGCGACCCCGAGGUUGGUAGUGGUUCGCAGUGUGUCAGAAAGGAGGCAGAGAUGAUCGGAAGACUCCUUUGCGUAAAACCUUUGGUUGGAGACGGCGCUACAAAGCAGGCCGCACUUGAAACGAUAGAUUCAGUGAGUCCAAUUCAUCUUGCUGCCCAUCCAUGGAAGUGCUGAAAACGAGGUAUUCGCACUUUCUCCAAUGUGUCCAAUCCACUCUUUACCACAAGAAGAGUUGAAUAUUUUGACAAUGAACGCAUGCGCGAGCUAAACUAGUGGUACUUAGCCAAUCUCAUAGUGCUCGUGGACAAGUCAGUGCCGAGGGAGUAACUGGAAUCGCUCGAGCCGACCAAAUUGUGACUACAUCUUUUUCGAUUGUGAUUAGUUAGUCAAGCAAAGACACUUUUACACUUGUAUUUCAAAGGUAAUUAGUUAGUCAAGGAAUAGGGCUAACCAUUAUACCCAUGUGUGAAGUCCAAAGCGUUUUUUUUUCAAGGUUUAAAUUUCUA